AUGUCCACACACGUCAACUCUUCAUCAUUCCCACCCCCCAAGCGCUGUCCAACAGACCGAUCCUAUGUACGUAUUAUGGAACGCGUUCUGUGUUUAUCUAGACAUCACUACAUGACUAGCUUCACGUUCAGAGCUCUUCUUUUGAUAGUUCUAACAUGACGAGUAGUUUAGCGUGUAUACAGGCGUCAAAGAUCCCUCUAAUCCAACUGGGCACUCUUAGGUGUAUGCGGAAGUUGCGGAGCAACAGAUUCCAAACGCUCCAGCUCCUGAUCCCACCCAUCGAUACCCCUCACCAUAUAAGAACUACGAAAAUUUGCCAGUCACACCCGUUGGCCCCCUCCAACACACACCAGUCUUAGCCUCUGACCAAUGGGCCCCAGGUAUUCCACCUGGCGCAAUACGUGGUGUCUAUAACGAUAAUGAUCGUCAGACGUACGAUGUUAUCGCCCACAAUAGGUCCGCUGGGCAAUCGGGAAAAGGGCAUGGUUUAUUUGGCAUGGGGACGCGUCAUGCACGUGCACCACAACAGACACACAAACCACACAAACCUCACAAACCACACAAACCUCACAAACCACACAAAACCUCUAAACAAACUCCUAACCCUCACCCAAGCCAGAACCAGAGCCGCAACCACAACUCCGCGUUAGCAUCGUCCUUUCCUUCCGCAACGCUGUCAGCUGUUGCGCAACUAGGGGGUAGGGGGAGUCGCUAUUAA